UUUCGCUGCUCUCUCCCUCUCUCUCUCUCUCUCUCUCUCUGUGUGCAAUGGAAGUAAUUGGAGAAGACGAAGGCAAUUUCAAACCAAUCAAAUCUGAAGAAGGAGAAGAAGAAGUUUUCGAGGAAGAAGCUCGCACAAGAACGUUUUCAGAGCUGAAAAACUAUUGUUUAGACCUACUAGACCUCCUCCAAAACCCUAACAAAAACCCCUCGUCUCUCUCUCAACUCCAUGACUUCCUUUCCCGAUCUGCGCCCCAUACUCUCCAGCCUUUCUUCGACUAUACAUUGUUUCCGUUGCUGCUUCUGUUGGAUGCUGCAGUCAAUUGCAGAUCUCCACCAAAGGCUGAGGAAUCUGUGAUGGUUAAUUUUCCAAAAGUGUUACAUAAGGUCAGUGAUAUUGCAGCUGAAGGUGUGCUUCAAUGUUUGGAGGAACUUCUGAAGAAGUGCCAAUUAGGAUCCGUCGAUCAGGUGGUGGUAUUGUUGAAGAAAUUGACAUAUGGGGCUAUGCUUUCUCCGACUGAGGUUUCGGAAGAGUUCCGUGAGGGAGUGUUCAGGUGCUUCAGGGCACUUCUCCUUAGUUUACAUUUGUGCUCCAACAAGUUUUGUUCAUGUAAACAAAUUAACGGCUUUCCCGCACUUUUAGCAAGAAGAGAUGUGCAAUCUCAAAUUAGUAUACUUCCAAGGCAUGUUUCAGAAACAGAAGAAUGCCUACUUGCAUUUCUCCAUUCUCAAACUGCUUCUGCUGCUAUUGGUCACUGGCUAUCGCUUCUCCUCAAAGCUGCAGACAUUGAGGUUGCACGAGGACAUCGAGGCAGCGCAAAGCUACGUGUAGAAGCCUUUAUGACUCUUCGCAUACUUGUUGCUAAGGUUGGUAGUGCUGAUGCCCUAGCAUUCUUUUUACCAGGUGUUGUUAGUCAAUUUGCCAAAGUGUUGCAUGUCUCAAAAACAAUGAUUAGUGGUGCUGCUGGAAGUGUGGAAGCGAUUGACCAAGCAAUUAGAGGUUUGGCUGAAUUCCUUAUGAUAGUUCUCGAAGAUGAUGCUAAUUUAUCUGGCCUUGAUAUGUCUGUGAAUGUUAGUACUAGCUUUCAUUCAAAUAAGGAUGAAUCUGCGGUAUCAUUUCUGGAGGAACUCCGCCACUUGCCUGUUAGAACUCAAGGUCAGAGUGAAAUGGUUGUAGAAAAUCCAAGUGAAGCAGUACACAUGGAUUCUCCAAAAUUUGGCUUCAAAGAAAAAGAGAGUGUAGAUUCGGGCAACAUGAUGGGAUCUUUGCUUGUGAGCCGCACAAAAGAUUGGCUUAUUAAAACUUCAGCUCACGUGAAUAAACUAUUGUCUGCAACUUUUCCUCAUCUUUGUGUUCAUUCGGCAAAAAAGGUGAGACAAGGACUUUUGGCUGCCAUUCGGGGACUGUUAUCAAAAUGCAUUUAUACGCUGAAGGACAGCAGACUGAUGCUAUUGGAGUGCUUAUGUGUUUUGGUUUGCGACGAAUCUGAAGACGUGUCUACAGCUGCACAGGGUUUUCUUGGAUGCCUGUUCUCGUCAAGCAGGAAACAUCAUGUACAAUAUGACUUUGCUGAGAUCUUUAGCAGGCUAAUUGAAAAGCUUCCCAAAGUGGUGCUGGGAAGUGAGGAAUCACUUGCAUUAUCAGAGGUUCAGAAAUUACUGGUAGUAAUUUAUUUCUCUGGUCCUCAACUUGUGGCGGAUCACCUUCUUCAGUCUCCUGUGUCAACUGCUAGAUUCUUGGAUGUUUUUGCCCUCUGCUUGGGUCAGAAUUCAGUAUUUGCUGGUUCUCUCAAAAAACUUACCUUGGCAAGGCCAGCCUCAACGGGAUACCUUCACUCCAUAACUGAGAUGAGAGCUAGCAUUUUCUUUGCCAAUGAUAAUAGGGCCAUUACAGAUGCUGCUCUCUCUGAAGACUCAAAGUUCCCUAAUAUCCAGAACAAAAAAAUACUAUGCCCACUGGAAAAUGUACAGAAGGAAUACGAGCUUCCACGCAUGCCACCUUGGUUUGUUUAUGUUGGGAGUCAGAAACUAUACCAGGCACUUGCUGGAAUACUUAGACUUGUAGGUUUAUCUUUAAUGGCAGAUUCUAGAAGUGAAGGGUCCUUGUCAAUUGUCACUGAUGUACCACUGGACUACUUGCGGAAAUUGGUAUCAGAGGUUCGGGUGAAAGAACACCGCAAAGAAAGCUGGCAAUCUUGGUGCAAUAGAACUGGCUCAGGACAGUUGGUGCGGCAGGCUAGUACUGCUGUUUGUAUUUUAAAUGAGAUAAUUUUUGGUGUAUCAGAUAAAGCAGUUGAUGCUUUUGCAAGGAUGUUUCAGGGGUCUAGGUUAAGAUGGGAGGAGAUAGAGAGAUGUGGGGCAGAAUAUGAUGAUGUUCAGGUUUGCAAGUUUGAACAUCCUGUGCUUUCUGCAUCCAUUUGGAAGAGUUCUCAGGAGAAGGCUGCAAGGAGCCACUUGAUUGAUAGCAUUGGCAGAAUAUUACAUGAAUACCUAACUCCUGAAGUGUGGAGUCUUCCUUUAGAGCAUAAAUCGUCUCUCCAGCAGCCUGACAGUGAAGUUGAAGACAUUACUCUGCAUUUCUUCCAUGAUGCUGCUUUGCUAUACCAGGUUAUCAUUGAUGGGAUAGGCAUUUUUAGUAUGUGCCUUGGGAACCUUUUUUCUUCUUGUGGAUUUCUUCAUUCAUCUCUUUAUGUGUUGCUUGAGAAUCUAAUUUGCUCAAACUUCCAAAUAAGAAGUGCAGCUGAUUCUGUCUUACAUGUCAUUUCUACAUCAUGUGGUUAUCCAACAGUAGGGCACUUAGUUUUGGCAAAUUCAGACUAUGUCAUUGAUUCCAUAUGCCGACAGUUACGUCAUCUGGAUCUUAAUCCUCAUGUACCUAAUGUGCUUGCUGCCAUGCUUUCUUAUAUUGGAGUGGCCCAUCAAAUAUUGCCAUUGUUGGAGGAACCGAUGCGCUCUGUUUCGCUGGAACUUGAGAUUCUUGGCCGCCAUCAGCACCCAGACUUGACUAUUCCCUUUUUGAAGGCUGUUGCUGAAAUUAACAAGGCUUCAAAGCGUGAAGCUUGUUCACUGCCCCAUCAGGCAGCAGAAUAUUUGGAACAUGUGAAGUCAAAAAUGUCUGAUUUUGAAAAGAAGACAAUGAAGGAAUCAGUUUUUUCAGAAUCAAGCUAUGAUGAUGACAUUGAUAUGUCUCCCAUGGAAUCAGAGGUGGGUGUGUGCUUUCAUGAUGUUGGCACAACUAUAGAGCAGUGGGAGAGUGUUUUGUUCAAAUUGAAUGAUUCUAAAAGAUAUAGAAGAACAGUUGGAUCUAUUGCUGGUUCAUGUGUAACGGCUGCAACCCCACUGCUCACUUCAUUGAAUCAAGCAGCGUGCUUGGUAGCUCUGGAUAUAAUUGAGGAUGGCAUUAUGGCACUUGCAAAAGUGGAAGAAGCAUACAAGCAUGAGAGGGAGACUAAAGAAGCAGUUGAGCGAGUGUUUGAGUUGUGUUCAUUUCACACACUCAAAGAUACUUUGGAUGCUGCCGAGGAUGGAACUGCUGAAAAUAGGUUGCUUCCAGCAAUGAAUAAAAUAUGGCCAUUCUUGGUUGCUUGUAUACAAAAUAAGAACCCACUGGCUGUUAGGAGAUGCGCGCGUGUGAUAAGCAAUGUCGUGCGAAUCUGUGGAGGAGAUUUCUUUUCUCGUCGCUUUUAUACUGAUGGACCCCACUUCUGGAAGCUUCUUACCACAUCACCUUUUCAGACCAAACCUAUCUCAAGAGAAGAAAGAACCCCCUUGCAACUUCCUUACAGAAGCACCCCCAUAUCUUCAGAGGUCUCGAUGGCUGAGGUUUCCAACCUGAAGGUCCAGGCAGCAUUGCUCAAUACGAUUGCUGAUUUAUCCCGGGAGAAAAAGAGUGCUUCAGCAUUGGAAGCAGUCCUCAAAAAGGUCAGUGGCCUUGUUGUGGGGAUAGCUUGUAGUGGUGUUGUAGGUCUUCGUGAGGCAUCUGUGAAUGCCCUUGUAGGACUCGCAUCCAUGGAUCCCGAUCUUAUUUGGCUUCUAUUGGCGGAUGUUUAUUACUCAAAGAAGAAAGACAUGCCUUCACCACCUACCUCGGAUUUACCAGAAGUGUCUCAGAUUUUGCCCCCACCCUCGUCUCCUAAGGAUUAUCUUUACGUGCAGUACGGAGGGCAGAGUUAUGGUUUUGAAAUUGAUUUUUCUUCUGUGGAGACGGUUUUCAGGAAAUUGAAUUCCCUGGUUUUUAUUUCACAGGUGUACAGUUAGACUAUGUAUGUAUGUAUUUGGUGUACAUUUAAAAGGAAAAAGGGAAAUAUACAAGAGUUAAUCAUUUACAAAUUA